UUUAAUUUUAUUUGAUUUUUAAUAAUCUCCUAGUGAUUUAUAAAAUCUACUAGCAUUAAUAUAUUUAAAAUAGAGGGCGCCUAAGCUGUGACAAGAAAAUUCUCUAGAUAGAAACUGUAGAUACAAAAGCACGUGCGAUUGCUUCUUCUCUAUUUGAUUUAUCGUUAAAUGCACAUGUAUUCACGUGUGAAUCGUAGAAAGAAUAAGCGUGAUAAAGUUUAUUAUCAUUGUUGUAACCUGUGUCAAAUUCAUUGAAAUUUACGUUACAUUAUAUAACAUCAGCUGAAGGAAAUGAACGAAGUAACUUUACCACCUUCUCCAAAUUGGUACUUGAAUAGUAUUUUUACAUGUUCCAAAGAUGGAACUAUUGCUUGGGGUGCUAGAAAUGCUAUUAUAAUUGCAAAGCGUCAAAAAGAAAACAAAAUAUUAAAUUAUUCUAUCAUUAAGGAUGCUCAUAUAGAUAGAGUUACUUCAUUAGCUUUUUCACCUGAGUAUGGACAAGAGGAUAAAAAUUUAUUAGUUUCUAGUGGUGAUGAAUUUACAGUGAGAAUAUGGAAUGUAGAUAAUCUCUCUGCAAUUAUGGGUUACUCGUAUCAAGAUACGAAACAAAAUGUUAUAGGAGUUGAUUGGUGCCUUAAAGAUCCCAAUAUAAUAUAUUGUAUUAGUACAGAUGGUUUACUAAUAUCUUGGAAUGUAUCUUUCAAUACUUGUUAUCCAAUCUUAUUAGGAAAAUUGACAGCAACUUGUUUAUCUGUAUGUCCACAUGAUUGUAAUCUUGUUGCCAUAGGUUCUAAAACUGGAUUGGUUUAUAUCGUUGAUACACAUGGAACAGGUUCUAUAAGAUAUAAACUAAGAGGACAUGAUACAGAAAUAUCUAGUUUAUCUUGGUGUCCUGUAGAACAUAAUAUUUUAAGCAAUGAAAAUAAUAGAGAUUUUCUUUUGGCUUCUGGUGCAAAAGAUAAAUCCAUAUUUUUAUGGAGAGCUGGUGGAGAUGGUAGAUACCAAUUGGAAUUUACUGUACCAAAUGUACCAUUUGAAUCUCGUCAAUAUCGAAAUAAAUCAAAUGUAUCCACUGGUAAUUGGAUUUCUGUUUGUUGGGCAAAACCAAAACUUUUACUUACUAGUUCAUAUUGGGGAGAACUUCUUGCUUGGGAUUUGAAAACAAUGAAUAAAAAUAAACCUCUGUGUAAGAUGAUUCAUGCUUAUCACAAUAGAACAUUAUUUUCUAUUGUUAUAGUACCACAUGUUUAUGAGACUAUUAAUGAUAGUUGGAGAAUAGAAAACGGUAUUACAGUAUGGACAUUAGCUCAAGAUCGGCAAAUUAUUUGCUGUAAUAUAAAAAAGGAUAAUCAUGAAAUAGAAUAUAAUAUUCCUACUCAAGGUGGAUUUAUCUAUUGUAUAGCCGCUUGUCCUGUGGAUAAUACACGAAUUGCGUUUGGUGUAGGUGAUACAAUGUUACGUAUCUGGAAUUUAUCUGAACCACAUGAAACUUCUUUUGAUAUUACUAUGUUAUGGCAAAAGAUAAAAAGCAAUAUAAGAUCUAUUGCAUGGCAUCCAGUAAAAGAAAACUUGAUAGCUUAUGGAACUGCAGAAGGUCGUAUUGGGAUGUUUGAUAUAAAUGGUAAUAAACCGCCAACUCUAUACAGGCAGUAUCACAGAAAAACUGUAUAUACAUUACAGUGGGGACCAUAUCCAGGAAUGAAAGAUUAUGGUUUGUAUUCUUGUGGGGAAGGCGAUCUUGUAUGUUAUGAUGCAGAUAAACCAAACAAAGAUCCUACACUCAUAAUUGGAAAAAAGUGCACAGAAGUAUCAUGGAAACCAGAUUUCUCAUGUUUAGCAAUAGGACUUCAAAAUGGGACAAUUCUAUUUUAUAAUCGUGAUCUUAAAGAAUUUGGUCAUACAACUAGUGUUAUGAAUGUAGGAGUGCAUUGUUUAAUAUGGCAUCCUGAUAGUACCGCAACGGAUUUAACAUUCUCUCCACUUAGAAAUUAUAUAGCUGUUGCCUAUAAUGCAACUACAAUAAAUAUACUUGAUCUUUCAGAUCUUCUUGAAAAAAUAAAUGAGGUAAAUGUACUUACGGAAUCAAAUGAUAAAGUAAAUGAUACCGAAGAAAUAUCUUCAAGAACUGUUAACAAAAUUGUUGCAACAUUGAAUGGUCAUAGUAAUAAAAUUGUUGGUUUAUCAUGGAGUCCACAUUUAAGUGGAUACUUGGUUUCAAGUAGUUAUGAUUGUACGGCACAGGUAUGGAAUGUUGAAAGACAAGAACUGAUAGCAACGUUUGCACACCAUUGUGGACCUAUUUAUUGUUGUAUGUGGAGUCCCUUAGAUCCAGAUCUGAUAAUAACAGGAUCAUCAGACUUUACAUUACGUUUAUGGAGAAUAUCAACUCAGCCAGUCUUACUCCCUGAAAAAAAGUCUAAUUCAAAAAAGUCCAAAUCGAAAAAGAAUAAACAAAAAAUAAACGAAGAUGAUAAUAAAAUAACAAAUGAUGUUAAUGUUGAAGAUAAUAAUACUUCAGAAAUAGUUAUAGAAACAAUAAAUAAAACUUCGGAAUCUGCAACAAUUAAAGCAGAGAUAUCAAUGGCUAUUGCAAAGGAGAUACAAAAGAAAGCUCCAGAAAAAAGUCCAUAUUUUCCAACAUACUCCAAAAUAAUGAACAAUAAGUUAGCUACCCUUAAAUCUAUUAAAUAUCUUAUUAAAGAUGAAGAAAGAUUUUUAAAUUCAGAAAAUCAAUUAAACGAACAUGCUGAAGUACCAUCUUUAUUUACUGACGAUACAAAACUUUCUGAGAUUAUUAAUAAUGAAAAAUCUAUACUUACUGCUCAGGGCAAUCAUACUGCGGUUACAGAGAUUGAUAUGUGGCAUGAUAAUCUUAAAGAAAAUUUGGAAAUUGCUGUUAAAGAGAAACGUCUUAAUGAUACUUUAAUUUCACUUUCGCCAAGUCUUUCAAUGAAAACAUGGCGUGAAAUGUGUGAAGCAUAUGCAAAUCAAUUGAUACUUGAAUCAAAUCCAACUAAGGCAGUGUCAUAUUUACUUUGUAUCCAUAAAAUUUAUGAAGCUAUAGACGUUUUUCAUAAUGCACGAAUGUUCAAGGAAGCCUAUUGUCUUGCUAAAUCUAAAUUAGAUUCUAAUGACACAAUGAUAAAAACUAUAUUAGAAAAUUGGGCAAAUUAUGAAUUUGAAAAAGGUCAUUUUGAAGCUGCAGCUCAUUGUUAUGUCAAAUUAGGAGCUUAUUCAGAAGCAGCCUCUUUAUUAGGACGUAGAAAAGAUGUAGAAUGUUUAACAAUAGCUUCUAAAUUAGCAUUGUUAUCUAAUGAAAGUGUUUUAAGCAAAUCAUUAGUAGAACAAGCCAUAAUGGAAGCUUUAAAGAAUUCAGAUACAUCUCUUGCAGAAAAUAUAAUUUUGAAAUUUCCACAAAUUAAGUAUUUAGAAAUCCAUGUAAAAGUGUUUAAGGAAUUAAAAAAGAUAUUAGAAAUUAAAAUAGAAGAAAGUACAAUUCAUACUUGGUUAAAGGGUGAAUUUAAGGAUGGUAUAAUACAGAUUUUUAAAGAUCAUUGUGAAGAAUAUAAAGUUUAUUACGAUGAGCUGUGUCAAUAUAGCUUUAGUAAUCAUAUUGAUAAUCAAGCAAUAUUGUGGAUAAAUGUUAGUGGCCAAUUAGCAAUGGCAAUAAUUUGUGAUUCAGUGACAAAACAAUUAACUCAUUUGAUUAAUGCAUUAAGUAUUAUUUCUCAAUUUGAAAUAUUGCAUCGCAAAUAUAUAGUAAAUCAUGGAAGUUCUUUCAUUAAAGUACUUAUAAAUUUAGAUAAUAAUAGUCCUACAGAAGAGAUGAGUAUUUAUGCACGGAAAUGUUCACUAUCUAAAAGUUUACGUGCAUAUUUGUGCAUUGGACUUUUAAAUUGGACUGUAGAUGACACUAACCUAUCUAUAAAUGAUGAAAAAAUUCAAAUAAUACAAUUAAUAGAAGAAUUACUUGAUGACAUUCUUGAAAAAGAAACAGUGAGAUAUUGGUCUUUAACUAAUGAAAUCACGAAAUUAGAGACUGAAAUAGUUUCCAAUUUAGGUAAAACACAGAAGGUAGAUGAAAAUAGUGAAGGUGAUAAGAUUUUAUUAAAAAAACUUGAUGAUAUUAAAAAUGAAAAGAAACGAUUUGUUAACGAACGUAUAUGUACACCAAGUCCUAUUUUAGUAUAUAGUAAAGCUAAUGAAUUAAUAGAUAAGUUUUCUAACGAAAACGUUAUAAUUAAAUUUUCAGACAGACUUAAUAAAAUAUGGAUAGAAGCUAUUAAGUAACUAGUAUAAACUAUAUUACAUCAGAAACAGGAAAAAUAAAUAUUGGACUUUCAAGACAUAUAUAUUGUAAAUAUAUUUGAAAAGUAAAUGUGUGUGUGUGUGUUUUUUACAAAGUUUUUUUUCACUUAUUUCAAUAUUUCACUUAUUUCAAUAUUUUCAAUAUUUAAAAAGAAAAUAACUUUCAUUAAAGAAAAAACAAAAAAAAACCAUUUUUAUAAGAAAUGAAAUUAGCAAAUGUCAAGAAACAGUGAAGCAGAAAAUAAAUAAAAAAAAAAAAAGAAAAAAAAAAAAGAAAUAGUUUUAUUAAGAUUAAUAAAAAAUAUUUGAAAAUUAUCAAAGGACUACACAAAUAGAUUUUAUUUUUUAAUAGAAUUAUAGUUGAAUUUCUCUAAUAUACCAGAAUAAUUGUUUAAUGUAAUACUAACUAAUUUUAAUUAAAUAAAUUAUUUUUUCUUUACAAAUGAAUAUUUGUAAAAUUCUUUCAAAUAUUUGUAAAAGUGUCCGUAGUUUGUCCUGUUGCCCUUAUUCAUCGUAACCAAUGAUAAAUCUACGACUGACAAUUAGGAAGAGACGGGAGAUAGAUUCUCCGUGCAAAUUAAUCACCACCAUAGCUGGUCCAGUGCAAGAAACGCAGUUAAACGCUCUCUUGUAAUUGCAUCCUUACGACGCAACAAUUGUCAUAUAUUAAAGAUUAAUAUCAUAAAUAUAUUAAUAUUCAAAUAUGUGUAUAUAUAUAUAUUACG